CGAGUGAGCGAGCGGCCGGAGACUUUGGGUGCUCGGCUUUGGCAGGGCCGCGGGGCAAUCGGGGGACCUCCGGGAAGAGGUAGUACCGCCGGGGGGCCCUGGGCUCAGCGCCCCCGGGAAAAGCCACUCGGGCGAUGGAUCCUUCGGGGCUGCGGCGCCUUCGCUCUCCCCGCCUCGGGUUCCUCGUCCUCGGCCGGCUGCUGCUGCUGCCGCUCCUGUCGCUCCUGUGCUGCGCCUUCAACCUCGACGCCGACAGCCCCGCCGAGUACUCGGGCCCCGAAGGAAGUUACUUCGGCUUCGCGGUGGAUUUCUUCGUGCCCAGCGCGUCUUCAAGGAUGUUUCUUCUGGUGGGAGCCCCCAAAGCAAACACUACCCAGCCUGGGAUUGUGGAAGGAGGUCAAGUUCUCAAAUGUGACUGGUCUUCCAGCCGUGGGUGCCAACCCAUCGUAUUUGAUGCAACAGGCAAUAGAGAUUUUGCUAAGGAUGAUCCAGUGGAGUUUAAAUCUCACCAGUGGUUUGGAGCAUCUGUGAGGUCAAAGCAGGAUAAAAUUUUAGCCUGUGCCCCACUGUACCACUGGAGGACAGAAAUGAAGCAGGAGAGAGAGCCUGUCGGGACAUGUUUUCUUCAGGAUGGAGCAAAGACUGUCGAGUAUGCUCCAUGCAGAUCAAAAAAUAUUGAUGCUGAUGGACAGGGAUUUUGUCAAGGAGGAUUCAGCAUUGAUUUUACUAAAGCUGACAGAGUACUCCUUGGUGGUCCUGGUAGCUUUUAUUGGCAAGGUCAGCUCAUUUCAGAUCAAGUGGCAGAAAUUGUAUCGAAAUAUGACCCCAAAGUUUACAGCAUCAAGUAUAAUAACCAGUUAGCAACUCGAACUGCGCAAGCUAUUUUUGAUGACAGUUAUUUGGGAUACUCUGUGGCUGUUGGAGAUUUUAAUGGUGAUGGCAUAGAUGACUUUGUCUCAGGGGUCCCAAGAGCUGCAAGGACUUUGGGAAUGGUUUAUAUUUAUGAUGGGAAAAAUAUGACCUCCUUAUACAAUUUUACUGGUGAGCAGAUGGCUGCAUAUUUUGGAUUUUCUGUCGCUGCCACUGACAUAAAUGGGGAUGAUUAUGCAGACGUGUUUAUUGGAGCCCCUCUCUUCAUGGACCGUGGUUCUGAUGGAAAACUUCAGGAGGUGGGACAGGUCUCAGUGUCUUUGCAGAGGGCUUCAGGAGAAUUUCAGACAACCAAGCUGAAUGGCUUUGAGGUCUUUGCAAGGUUUGGCAGCGCCAUAGCACCUUUGGGAGACUUGGACCAGGAUGGCUUCAAUGAUAUUGCCAUUGCUGCCCCAUAUGGUGGAGAAGAUAAGAAAGGACUCGUUUAUAUUUUCAAUGGAAGACCAACGGGACUGCAUACGGUACCAUCUCAGAUCCUGGAAGGAAAGUGGGCAGCUCGGCACAUGCCACCAAGCUUUGGCUAUUCAAUGAAAGGAGCCACAGAUAUAGACAGAAAUGGAUAUCCAGAUUUAAUUGUAGGUGCUUUUGGUGUAGAUCGAGCUGUAUUAUACAGGGCCAGACCGGUUAUCACUGUAAAUGCUGGCCUUGAAGUGUCCCCCAGCAUUUUAAACCAGGAGAGCAAAACCUGCCCACUGCCUGGGACGGAUCUCAAAGUUUCCUGUUUUAAUGUAAGAUUCUGCUUAAAGGCAGAUGGCAAAGGAGCACUUCCCAGGAAACUUAACUUCCAGGUGGAGCUUCUUUUGGAUAAACUGAAGCAAAAAGGAGCAAUUCGGCGAGCACUGUUUCUUCAUAACAGGUCCCCGGGUCACUCCAAGAAUAUGACCAUAUCAAGAGGGGGACAGAUGCAGUGUGAGGAGCUGGUAGCUUAUCUGAGGGAUGAAUCUGAAUUUAGAGACAAACUCACUCCGAUUACUAUUUUUAUGGAGUAUCGAUUGGAUUACAGAACUUCUGCUGAUGCAACUGGCUUGCAACCCAUUCUUAAUCAAUUUACUCCUGCCAACAUGAGCCGACAGGCUCACAUUCUUCUUGACUGUGGUGAUGAUAAUGUCUGUAAGCCCAAACUAGAAGUUUCAGUAGAUAGUGAUCAAAAGAAGAUCUAUAUUGGGGACGACAACCCUUUGACAUUGAUUAUUAAGGCUGAAAAUCAAGGAGAAGGUGCCUAUGAAGCUGAGCUCAUCGUGUCCAUCCCCCCACAGGCUGACUUCAUUGGCGUUGUCCGCAACAGUGAAGCUUUAGCAAGACUUUCCUGUGCGUUUAAGACUGAAAACCAAACCCGCCAGGUGGUAUGUGACCUUGGAAAUCCAAUGAAGGCUGGAACUCAGCUCUCAGCUGGUCUUCGGUUCAGUGUCCAUCAGCAAUCAGAAAUGGAUAUGUCUGUGAAAUUUGAUUUACAAAUCCAAAGCUCCAACCUUUUUGACAGAGUAAGCCCCGUUGUAUCUUAUAAAGUUGAUCUUGCUGUUUUAGCUGCUGUUGAGAUAAGAGGAGUCUCAAGUCCUGAUCAUAUCUUUCUUCCAAUUCCAAAUUGGGAACACAAAGAAAAUCCUGAGACAGAGGAAGAUGUGGGGCCAGUUGUUCAGCACAUCUAUGAGCUAAGAAAUAAUGGUCCAAGUUCAUUCAGCAAGGCGAUGCUAAAUCUUCAGUGGCCAUACAAAUAUAACAAUAACACUUUGUUGUAUAUCCUUCAAUAUGAGAUUGAUGGGCCAAUGAACUGCACUUCAGAUAUGGAAAUCAAUCCUUUGAGGAUUAAGGUCUCGAGUUCGCAUACAAUUGAAAAGAAUGACACACUUGCUGGGCAAGGUGACCGGAACCAUCUCAUCACCAAGAGGGAUCUCACCCUCGGGGAAGGAGAUGUUCACACUUUGGGUUGUGGAACUGCUGAAUGCUUGAAGAUUGUCUGCCAAGUGGGACGUCUAGACCGAGGGAAGAGUACGAUUCUAUAUGUGAAGUCUCUACUCUGGACCGAGACCUUUAUGAAUAAGGAAAACCAGAAUCAUUCAUUUUCUCUGAAGUCAUCAGCUACAUUUAAUGUCAUCGAAUUCCCUUACAAGAACCUUCCAAUUGCGGAUAUCUCCAACUCCACAUUAGUCACCACCAAUGUCACCUGGGGCAUUCAGCCAGCACCCAUGCCUGUACCUGUGUGGGUGAUCAUUUUAGCUGUUCUAGCAGGAUUAUUGCUGCUGGCUGUUUUGGUUUUUGUGAUGUACAGAAUGGGAUUUUUUAAACGUGUCCGACCACCUCAAGAAGAACAAGAAAGAGAACAUCUUCAACCUCACGAAAAUGGGGAAGGAAACUCUGAAACUUAAUGCUGACUUUUAAAUUAGACAUCAGCCGGACCCAUUAGAAUGAUCAGCUUCAUUGUAAAUUUCCGUUUCCUUCAGGAGAAAGAGAGUUGCAAGACUGAACUGUUGAUGGUGCCCAUUUUACUAACCAGAAAAAUGAGUGCAGGGGGCCAAAGUGAUAGUACAGUGGGUAAGGCAUUGGCCUUGCAUGCGGCCAACGCAGGUUUGAACCCCAACAUCCUUGGUCUCCCAGGUACUACCAGGAGUAGUUCCUAAGUGCAGAUUCAGGAGUAACCUCUGAGUAUCAUGGAGCACAGCUUCAAAAAUAACUGAAACAAAAAUGAGAGCAAUAUUUGUCAGCUUUCUUGUCAAAAACAAAUUCAAUUAUGUAACAAAUACACAUUCACUGAUGUGUGUUUUUAAUAUUUAAAUAAUAAAAUUUCAUGGACUAGUUCUUCAGUGUACUUAAGAGAAAGGUAGUACCUGACUUACCACUUUAUAUAAAAUAAGUACCUCCUACAUUACAGUUUCUGAUUUUGUAUGUUGGAGUUCGUUGUUUGUUGUUGUUGUUUUUGUUGCUUUAAAGCAAUCUACAUUUGGACCUAAGUAUCCGCCUCACCUCUUUUUUAUAGGUACUUGAUGUUAAUAAAUAUUACACUACAGUUGAGUUUUUAAGCUAUGAGAGACUUUAUAAACGC